GAGAAUUCAAAUUUCAUUGAGCAUUGCGUUUUUUAUGGAAACGAAAUUGUGCUUGUGUGUAACUGGUUGUUAUUCUGAAUUUGUUAUUUGCAGCAUACAGAAUCUAUUUGAGAGCAAUGAUAAGGAGAAUUCAGUGAACAAUAUGCCUACUAAGCACCGACAAAAUGAAUAUUUAUUACAAGUUUUCCUUUGGCAGACAGGUGAUUCUUUCCAGCUUUCUCUAUCAAAGGUCAGCUUUGUCUUUCAAAAGUUUGGAAUUCACGACUCUUGUAUUAUAUUCGAUAUCGCAAGAAGCUCAACUGAUCCAACACGACACUUGUUACCUUUACCAACUUUUAAUAAUUAUGAUUGCGAUAAGCAUCCAUUUUUGUAUCUAAAACCCAUUCAAGACUGUGACUAUUAUGAUGGAAAUGAUAUAUAUGAAUUUUACAAGUGUCUCCUGAAAGCACAAGCACUUGACCUAUCGAUUCCAAUGAGGUCCAUCAUGGCGCUAGAAGAACUUGUUCGUACAGAAGAAACUUAUCUAAAGGACUUGAAUACCCUUGUAGAUGUUUUUGUUCUUCCAUUUGAAGAAGCUAUCCACGUGAAGAUAUUACCAGCUAGUCUAUUGCCUGAUGUUUUGCAAUCACUCUUUCAGAACUUGAAUGAGCUAUCACGUUUGCAUGCAGAGUUUCUCCAAGCUUUGUAUUCAUACAUGUUAGAAGGAGGUCUAAGUAGACGAAACAUUGGAGCGCUACUAACAAGUCAACUUUGUCAAACGUUAAAAUUGCCUUAUAUAGAUUAUAUUUCGAAUUAUGAUAUUCGAAACAAACAGUUGUGCUAUUUACGAAAUAAGUAUGCACUCCUCGAUGACUUUAUUCGACGCUGUGAAGCCAGUAAAAAAUGUGAAGGUCUAUGUCUUUCAAGUCUUCUUAUUAAACCAGUCCAGAGAGUUACCAAGUAUGAUUUACUCUUAACAGAAAUAGAAAAUGGAUACAGUUGUUUCAACGAACAAAUAUUUUAUAUUAAGGAGGCACGUUCAGCGAUCCGUGACUUACUUUCUACUGUCGAAGAUCGGAUAACACCAAAUGUAAACUUUGCCAUGAGAGAUAUACUCUUCAAAGAAAAUGGAACAACUGUUUCUCUUCAAGUUCCUGGUCGCUUGUUACUUAUGGAGGGUUGGCUUACUUAUCAAGAAAAGCACAAAAUGGAAUGUAAACCUUAUUAUUUUUUUCUUUUUUCUGACAUUUUAUUAUGUUGUUAUGAUACUCGAAGCAAAAGUAUUUCAAGGGCAAUCUCCAAAUUUUCAAAAUCCAAAGAAACCUACAAAAUAGUUUGGCAAGAAGAAAUUCAUUCUGGUAUUUACAUUCAAACUUUAGAACAUGGAAUACCUCAUGAAGACUUUAUUUGGUUUCAAGUCUGCUUUGACAACUCAAAUCGAAAGCAAUUUUGUACAAGACUUGUGGCAUUUCCUGAAUGGCAAAAGGCGUUCAAAGAAGCAUCUCAGUUUCAUCAACCAGAAUGUGACAAUGUAUUGAAGGAAAGUUCAAAGGCCAAUAUAUUAUACAGUCCUUGCGUAGGAAAGAGUCAUCCAAGUGUAUAUGAAGCGUCAUGAAUUUAGUUUUCUGCGUUCCUUCCUGGUACAUCCAAGACUAGUUGGUAUAUGUGAUUCCGAUAUAAUCUAUAUUGAACUCUUAGGAAAUAAAAAAUCAAUCAAUGUCUAUCGAAUGAAUACUUGAAGUUCAAC